AUGGUUCGCAAUCCCUCGACGAUCCUGCUGGAGGUAGAGAGAAAAUUUGCAGCUCUCAAAUGUUACCCUCUACGAAUUGACUCUGGCAAGCCGCCCUUUUUGAGCCUGAGUGAUCUUGGUUGUCGAAGAUUUCGUGACAUCUACUAUGAUUCCCACGGGCGACUUUGGAAAGCAGGGACUUGGGUAAGGCAAAGAGAUGCGAAGUGGCAGAUGAAGAUUAGAAGAGGUGGCACAUACAUAAAUUCACAAUUCGAGGAAAUAGAGGAUCCAGAUGUCAUCUCUGCGCAAGUCAAAUCGCUGACUGGACUGGACUGGGGCAUGUCCAAAACCUUUGGUCUAAGCUAUUUCGCCAGUUUCACCACGUGUCGCCAAACCUGGAUCGCAGACAAGGAAUACAAUAUUGUGUUGGAUCGAACCGACUUUGGCCAUACGGUCGGUGAGGUUGAGCUCGAAACCGAGACAACCGUGCAGGAUGAAGACGAAGCUCGGAAGCUUAUGUUGGAAAUGGACAACAAACUUGUGGAAUUUCUUCGGCACUACCACUGGGCAUUCUCUAGUGACACACCCACCGGCAAGCUUUCAGCUUAUUUCGAACACAAGGCUCUGCAGAAGCCCUAG